ACACAGUCAGCACCACCUACCACUAGCACUCAGGCACAAACAGCUCCCCCGACAGGCGUAGUUCCUGGAACCAAGUAUGCUGUCCCUGACACUUCUACCUACCAAUAUGAUGAAUCUUCAGGAUAUUAUUAUGAUCCUAUAACAGGGCUCUACUAUGAUCCUAAUUCCCAGUAUUACUACAAUGCCUUAACCCAGCAGUACCUUUACUGGGAUGGCGAAAAGGAGACCUACAUGCCUGCUGCGGAAGGUGUCACAUACCAACAGACAGCUGCCACAACCACCACCAAAGAAGUGAAGGAGAAGAAAGAGAAGCCUAAGAGUAAAACAGCUCAACAGAUUGCCAAAGACAUGGAGCGCUGGGCAAAGAGUUUGAACAAGCAGAAGGAGAACUUCAAGAAUAGCUUCCAGCCACUGAGUACCAGGGAGGAGGAGCGGAAGGAGUCGGCAGCUGCAGAUGCAGGCUUUGCGCUCUUUGAGAAAAAGGGAGCUUUGUCUGAGAGGCAGCAGAUCUUGCCAGAGGUGAUGAAAAACGGAGAUGAUGAAAAUCCCCUGAAGCGUGGCCUUGUGGCUGCCUACAGUGGUGAUAGUGAUAAUGAUGAGGACUUGCUGGAAAGAAUGGAGAAUGAGGAAGAGAAGCUGACCGACUGGAAGAAGAUGGCUUGUCUGCUGUGUCGAAGGCAGUUCCCAAAUAAAGAUGCUCUGAUUCGGCACCAGCAGCUGUCUGACUUGCACAAGCAAAACAUGGACAUCUACCGGAGGUCAAAGCUUUCAGAGCAGGAACUUGAAGCUUUGGAGCUGCGUGAGAGAGAGAUGAAAUACAGAGACAGAGCGGCUGAGAGGCGGGAGAAGUACGGCAUCCCAGAGCCCCCUGAGCCCAAGCGCAAGAAGGCCUACGAUGCUGGCACAGUUAAUUAUGAGCAGCCCACCAAAGAUGGCCUGGACAACAGUAAUAUAGGCAACAAGAUGCUGCAGGCCAUGGGCUGGAGGGAAGGUUCAGGCUUGGGAAGAAAAUGUCAGGGCAUCACAGCACCCAUUGAGGCCCAAGUACGAAUGAGAGGAGCUGGUUUGGGAGCCAAGGGCAGCUCCUACGGUGUCUCCACUGCAGAUUCGUACAAAGACGCGGUGCGGAAAGCCAUGUUUGCUCGCUUCACAGAGAUGGAGUAAUGCACUCUGGGCCCGGAAAGCACUUGUUAGCCAGAACUGACUGUUAAACUCUGUAGCCUGGCUGUAUUCUGGUUAUGGUUUAAAGUUGACCAUUUCAUUCCCUUGGACUUUUUCCCCUCUCAGCAUGUAACACUUCCAUGAGCAGAUGGUUUGAACUGCCCCAACGUCAUGCU